GAAGUCCUUCAACUCCAUCGAUGUGGAUGGAUCCGGAGAGGUUGACAUUCGCGAGUUCGAGAGCAUUCUGCGAGAGGUCUUGAAAGUUCCGGCCCACCUCGACAUGCCAGAGUCGCGAAUCCGCUACUUCUGGAACGAGAUUGACGUGGAUGGAUCUGGCAAGGCUGGCUUUGACGAGUUCCUCAGCUUCUGGCUGUCGCAGUUCGGCUCGGCCACUUCCGGUCAAAAGGGCCAGACAUUGUCGCUCGAGGAUUUCUACAAGUCUCAGAGGAGAAUCGGAGCCAAGUACUUGGAUCCACAUUGGAAUGCUGUGGACCAAUUAACAAGCUCGGUGUCAGAAUUCAUAGAUUCCCUUUAA